CGCGGUGCUGCCGGGCGGCGGGAGGGGCCUGAGCCAGCGGCGCAGUGUUGGGGCUCUCCUCUGUUCUCCUCCCCGCGCCAGAGCUAGAAGGAGGAAGGGAGCGAAGAGGCCGGCUGACGGGUUUUUGCACUGAGCUCCGGGGAGACUGACUGACUGGCUGGCGUAGACUCCGAGGAAGGGACUCGUCGCUCUCCAACCAGAGAGGCCGGGCUGGCGGGGAAAGGCAGAAGCCCAGCGUUUGGAGUUUGCAGGCAGAGGCGGCUGCGAUCCUGCGGGAGAUCGGUCUGGCGCCUCGUUGGUAGCUCCUGCAGCGCGUAGGUGCAAGUGGGCUGGAGUGAGGACGCCGCCGAGCUAAGCGGGAGUGAGACCAGUGGCCGCCCGCCCGCCCGCCGCAAUUCCCUCCUCCUGCUGCGCCUGCCUGAAGCGUCUUUGCCUCCUGGAACUGCGUCGCCUGCGGCAAGCUCGGAGUUGCUGGAGGAACUUAGAAAAACAAACAGCAUCCAUGAAUGGGUUGACUGUCCCUCUCAGCUCCAGAUUACUUGCAACAUAGCUAAGCAAGAUGCAGUCUGUAACAGAAAAUGGAGAUCCCUCUUCUGGAAAACAGCAUGAAGAGAAAACAUAUAAAAAGACUGCAUCUUCAGCUAUUAAAGGAGCCAUACAACUGGGAAUAGGAUACACAGUGGGUAACCUCACCUCUAAGCCAGACAGAGAUGUACUUAUGCAAGAUUUCUAUGUAGUAGAAAGUGUAUUUCUUCCCAGUGAAGGGAGCAAUCUGACCCCUGCUCACCAUUAUCCAGACUUCAGAUUUAAGACCUAUGCUCCUCUAGCCUUCCGCUACUUCAGAGAACUUUUUGGUAUUAAACCAGAUGACUAUCUGUAUUCAAUUUGCAGUGAACCUCUGAUAGAACUAUCCAACCCUGGUGCCAGCGGAUCCUUGUUCUUUGUCACUAGUGAUGAUGAGUUCAUAAUCAAAACAGUUCAGCACAAAGAAGCUGAGUUCCUUCAGAAGCUGUUGCCUGGCUACUAUAUGAAUCUCAACCAGAAUCCAAGGACACUGUUGCCAAAAUUUUAUGGACUCUAUUGUGUUCAGUCAGGAGGUAUUAAUAUCAGGAUAGUUGUGAUGAACAAUAUUCUGCCUCGAGCACUGAAAAUGCAUUACAACUAUGACUUGAAAGGCUCCACAUACAAAAGAAGAGCAUCCAGGAAAGAGAGGGAGAAGUCUAACCCUACCUUUAAAGACUUGGAUUUCUUGCAAGACUUGCAUGAAGGAUUAUAUUUUGACUCAGAAACAUACACUGCACUGAUGAAAACACUACAGAGGGAUUGUCGAGUGCUGGAAAGCUUUAAAAUAAUGGAUUAUAGCUUGCUGCUUGGAAUCCACAUAUUAGACAGUGCUGCAAAAGAGAGAGAAGGUGAGAGUUCUCAGAAUGCAUCUGAUACUAAACGUCCAGGAGGUCAGAGAGUUCUUUAUUCUACUGCUAUGGAGUCCAUACAGGGUCCAGGAAAAACUGGAGACUGUGUCAUCACAGAAAGUACAAACACAAUGGGAGGCAUACCUGCUAAAAGCCACAAAGGAGAAAAACUGCUGCUAUUCAUGGGCAUUAUUGAUAUCCUGCAGUCUUACAGACUGAUAAAGAAGCUGGAACAUUCCUGGAAGGCACUUGUUUAUGAUGGGGACACAGUUUCAGUCCAUAGACCAAGUUUUUAUGCUGACAGGUUUUUAAAGUUUAUGAGUUCCAGAGUAUUCAAGAAAAAUCAGGCUUUAAAAUCCUCUCCCUCCAAGAAACGAUGCAAUUCCAUUGCUGCUCUAAAAGCAACAUCACAAGAAUUUGUGUCUGCAGUUAGCCAGGACUGGAAAGAUGAAAAGCAUGACUUGCUUACAGAAGGACAGAGCUAUUCUAGUCUUGAUGAAGAAGUAUUAGCCUCACGACAUCGGCCAGAUUUAGUGCCAAGCACCCCAUCUCUGUUUGAAGCAGCUUCUUUAGCAACCACAAUUUCUUCUUCUUCCUUGUGUGUAGAUGACAAUUAUCAACAUGAUGGAACUAGGCUUUAUUCUAGCAGUAAAGGAUUGCCUUCAAGUUCAACAUUCACCUUAGAAGACAGUGCUAUCUACUUGACUUCAGAGCAGAGCACAGUAGAGACAGAGAAUGAUAAUGCUUCUGUGCUGGACGUAUACUUAUAACAGUGCAUUUUAAAAAGAACAUAUUUAAAGAAAAAGCAUUUUUGCACUCCUGACUUAAGAAAAAAUGGCUGAGCCUAGUAAACAGAGUUCAUAAUCAACGGGACGUCUAUGAAAAAACUAUCGAGGGGUUCUUGAACCAUAGAAGAGAAUCCCUUAGACUCACCAGAUGAGAUGUGAAACAUUCCACACUUUACUAUGAUAUGCUGUUGCCUGCUGAACUGUGAAGAACUGCAUAUGCCAUAGUUAAACUGCUUUCUCUAUUAUUGCCAAUCAUCUUUUUCAGGACUUGAAAGUGAUAUUUUCCUAUUGACUCUCAAGUGGUUUUUCCUUUGCAUGUAUUCAUUGAUUAUGCACACAAACAAAAUAUCUAAUCCGCUUUGCCUAUUUAAAAAGCCAUCAUCACAGUGGUGAAUAUAAUAUAAAUCAACUCUGCUUUCCCCUUCCCUUUCCCCAGAAUUAUAAUUGCUCACAUUAAUUUCAUACAAGGGUUAGUGUAAUAUGUCUGCACAUACUUUAUGGAAAUUCUUCUGUAAAGAAAUUUUCACUGUUUAUUAGUGAAAUGAAGAAAUGCUAUUUAUAACAAGGCCUUAUGUUGUGUACAUAUAUUGUCUUUGAAAUAUUUGUGAUUAGAUAUAUUGCUUGUAAAGGACAAAAAUUACAUAAUUUAUUUAGUAUAUUCUACCGUAAACUAUAGUUUUAUUGACAGAAAUAAAGUAUUUUGUUCUCAAAGCAAA